AUGUCCCGGCGACGCUCGCUCCAGGCGCUUACGACGGCAGCGGCGCCAACUGCGGGUCUCUCAACGACGACGAUGGGACUGCUCAUCGGCGGUGGCGUCGUCAUCUUCGUGCUCCUCGUCAGCAUCGUGUGCCAUCUGCAGGCUAAGGCCAAGCGCCGGGACAGACUGCUCCGGCGCGAAGCCCAGCGCAUACAGGAGACGCGUGCGAUGAUGCAGUACGAGUUGCAGUCGGAUGUUGAGCCCCACGUACAACUCGCCAACGACGUGCGCUUUGACCCGACUUUCGCCCACACGCGUAUUCCCCAUCACGAGCUUUUCAACCUUCGCCUCGUCCGUGCCAAGGGUCCUGGAACGGUCGUGUUUCGCGCUGUCUUCAACAUGAUGGAGAUCGCAGUCAAGCAACUACUGCCGUCGCAGUGCAGCUCUCUUUUGACAGUCACCGACUUCAUGCGCGAGAUUCGGCUCUCGUCAACGCUUGAGCACCCCAACAUUGUGCGCUUCAUCGGCCUCGCAUGGACGGAAGGUCCGAGCCUCAGCGACCUCUCGCUCCUUACUGAGUUCAUGCCCCAUGGCGACCUUGCGACGUUCCUCGCGUUUGAGCGCCGAACCCCGAUUGCCGACCGCCGGCUGCUCGCCUCGUGGGAAGCGCACACGACCAAUGGCCAGAUGGCCACGAAUGCCCAUGGCAGCUUUAAGGCGCCCAAGCACAAGCGACAGCGCAUCAAACACGAAAUGACAGGCCUGGGAACGUCCAAGACGACGCUGGCCGCCGACGUCGCCGAUGCGCUCUCGUACUUGCACUCAUUCCAGCCGACGAUCAUUCACCGCGACCUCAAGUCCAAGAACGUGCUUCUUAGUGCGACGUGGAACGCACAGCUCAACGACUUUGGCUACAGUCGUGUGACCAGCCAGGACGAGCUCAUGACGAUGAACGUCGGCACGAUCGCGUGGAUCGCGCCCGAAAUCCUCACGGGCGGCAGGUACACGGAGCAAGCCGACAUCUACAGCUUUGGCGUGCUCAUGUCCGAGCUGGACACGCUCGAAGUGCCGUACAUUGAACAUACGCGCGACUACAUCCAAUCCAACCACCAGGAGCUUGAGAACCAUCUACACCACCCACGUGUCAAAGCCAAAGCCAAGGUGCUCAGCAACGCCUUCAUUGCGAUGCUCGUCGGCGAAGGCAAGCUGACGCCGUCGUUCACCAGCCACAUUCCGGAGGCCCUGCUCGAGCUCGCGCAGCAGUGCCUCUCCUUCCACCCGAACGACCGCCCGACGGCCAUCGAGCUCUCGUACCGGCUGCGAUCGACGAUCAACACGAUGACCGACUCGAUGCGGCUGUCGAGAUAGACAACGCGUACAUUUUAGUGUUGAAGACACUCCAAUUAAGUUAUAAAUCGUUGGUAGCAACGUCCAACGUCGUCGU